AAAAAGAAGUGCACCCCAACGCAAAAUCCAGCCUUUCAACCCCUUAAAAAUGAGAGGGAGAUGUGUCAGAUUCUCUUCUGUGUUUGUGGGGUUGUUUGCAGAACAUCCUCUCUCUCUUUCUUUCUUUUUUCUGAAGGAGAGGAGAAGGAGGGACCAUCUGCUGCCCCCUCCUGGUUCCAUUUCAAUUCUAAUCAACGGCCAGGGUUCGUCGUCUUCGUCAUCGUCGUGGGCCACCAUGGUGAUUAUCAGGGUGUGGCUUGGGGUGCUUGCAUUGUGGGAGCUAUUUUUAAGCAGUGUAGUGCACAUGCUGUAUGGUUUGUACAUAUUCAGCACAGCUGUUGCAUCAGACAUGUCUCAGGUUCUUAGUGAAUGUUUUAGGUCAAAUGUCAAUUUGGUGGUUACAGACACGGCCUGCAAUGACCUCAAUCUUCAUGGCUUGCCUCCAAUUGUACUUGUUCAUGGCAUCUUUGGAUUUGGGAAGGGGAGGCUGGGAGGUUUGUCGUAUUUCGCAGGUGCUGAGAAAAAGUAUGAGAGGGUGCUAGUUCCUGACUUGGGUUCUUUAACGAGCAUACAUGAUAGGGCCCGUGAUUUGUUUUACUAUUUGAAAGGCGGGCGAGUGGAUUAUGGAGAAGAGCAUAGCAAGAUUUAUGGGCAUUCUCGAUUCGGAAACAUUUAUGAUCAGGGUCACUACCCUGAGUGGGAUGAGAACCAUCCAAUCCACUUUGUGGGCCACUCAGCAGGAGCUCAGGUCGUUCGCCUGCUGCAGCAGAUGCUAGCUGAUAAGGCUUUUGAUGGUUACGAAAACACUUCUGAGAAUUGGGUGUUGAGCCUCACUUCCUUAUCUGGCGCUCUUAACGGAACAACAAGAACCUACUUCGAUGGAAUGUUGCCAGAAGAUGGGAGAUCGAUGAAGUCUAUAUGUCUUCUUCAGAUCUGUCGAUUAGGCGUCAUAAUGUAUGAUUGGCUCGAUAUCCAAUUGCUGAAGAAUUACUACAAUUUUGGGUUUGAUCACUUCAACAUGUCAUGGAAGAAAGCAGGCAUUUGGGGUCUUGUGGACUGCCUCUUGGGGAAUGCUGGGCCGUUCGCUUCCAGCGAUUGGAUCCUACCCGAUCUUACACUUCAAGGGUCCAUGCAACUCAAUGCCAAGCUCAACACCUUCCCCAAUACAUUUUAUUUUAGCUAUGCAACUAAACGGACCCGGAAGAUUAUGGGCAUUACGGUCCCUUCUAGCAUACUUGGAAUCCACCCAUUGCUUUUCAUUAGGGUCUUGCAGAUGAGCCAAUGGCGGCAUCCUGCAGAUGUGCCACCUCCUUUUAAAGGAUAUAGGGAUGAGGAUUGGCAUGACAACGACGGAGCUCUUAACACAAUAUCGAUGACCCACCCUCGCAUCCCAACUGAACACCCCAGCCAUUUGGUGGUAGACGAUUCUGAAUGCAAUCAUCUACAACCCGGCAUUUGGUACUACAAGAUAAUGGAAGGAGACCACAUUCUUUUCAUUGUGAAUCGAGAGAGGGCUGGUGUGCAGUUCGAUCUGGUAUACGACAGCAUCUUCCAACGCUGCAGAAAGCAUGCAUUUAGGAACACUCCAACAAUACCCAACGAGUGCAACCAGUAGUUAACACAGAUUUUUUAUGAUGUGUAUGAUUAUGACCAGUAGUUCACAGAUUUUUAAUGGUGUACGCUAAACCAGUGAAACACAAGAAAAGAGGGAAAAAAGAUAGAGAAAGAAAUGGCUAUCAAUCAACCAACGACGCUAGGCAGCUGUUUGUUUCCCUUCCUCUCUUCGGCUUUAUGUAAAUGCUGAUUUUUAUUUUUUAUUUUUAAUCAAUCCAACUGUUCUGUGAUUAAAUGGCUAUGUUGGAUGUUACCAAAGGUGGAAACUAAGGCUAUGUUUAGCAGUACAAGUUGAUUGGAUUGCAAUAUUUAGUACAGUAGAUAUGAAAUGAGCAAAUUGUAAUAACAUGGUAGCUGUCCGACUGUAGUUGUGUUCUUUUCAAGUUCAACUAGAAUGUAUAGUAAUAGCAAUUUAGCCAUUUCCAUUUCGAUGGUUUCAAUAUUUUGAUUCA